GACGCAGCUAUCCGUAGCGGCGACGUAAACACGUGCACAUCGCUGCUUCCAGGUUACCGUUUUUCUCAUUGCACCGUCAGGCUCGCGCUCCAGCAUCACUCCCUGACAACAGCAGCGAUGGCGGAGCCCGCAGCAUCGGAUGCGGUGGCCACAGCAGCCUCCACGACCCCGGGCCUCUCCCCGGCAGCCAGCCCGGGAUCAGAGCCUCCCUCCCUGGCUCUGUCUCCCACGGCGGACGGCUCCCAGCGGCUGCUCUUCUCCCACGACCUGGUCUCUGGGCGGUAUCGCGGCUAUGUCCGUUUCGGCCUCGUACGGAUGAUCCAGGGUGAGGAGGAAUUUAACUCAGACUCGGACCUCGAUGACGAUGGCGGCGGCGGUGGUGGAGGAGGAGGCGGAGAAGGACGAGGAGUCCCCGGUGGGUCGGACGCUGAGAGCGCUGUGGACAUCCCGAGUCGGCCUCUGUGUCGGGGAUUUGUCCGCGUCCAGUGGUACCCUGAAGGAGGAAAGCAGGACAUCAAGGAGACAAAGCUGAAACUUGAAGAUCGAUCCAUCGUCAUCAGAGAUAUCGUGCGACGAAACAACUCAAAUGAUAACCAGUGUGGUAUUGUGACCAACAUUGACAUCGAGUGUGCGGUGAAACUGGUGGGAACAAACUGUGUUCUGUAUCCAGUGAACAGCAGAGACCUGCAGCACAUCUGGUCUUUUAUGUAUGGAGAUUACAUCGCCUACGACUUCUGGCUGGGGAAAGUGUACGACCUGACUAAUCACAUCAUCCUCAAGCUCUCCAACGGAGCAAGGUGCUCCAUGAGUGUGGAGGACGGAGCGAAGCUUUACGACGUCUGUCCACAUGUCAGUGACUCGGGUCUUUUCUUCGACGAGGCGUAUGGUUUCUACCCGGGUCAGGUGCUGAUUGGCCCCGCCAAAGUCUUCUGUAACGUUCAGUGGCUGUCGGGGGUCAAACCCGUCCUCAGCAGGAAGUGCAAGUUCAGGGUGGUGGUGGAAGAGGUGAAAGUGGUCGAGCUGAAGGUGACGUGGAUCACGAAGAGCUUCUCCCCCAAAGGUUCAGACAGCGUCUAUCCCCCCCCCUCCACCAUCCCACAGGAGAGUCUCUGCCGGGUGCGGCGUCUAGGAUACUACGACCACACCCAGAGGCAGCUGGGAGAACGGGCCCUGUAUGUGUUCCCCGCCAAGGGGGACGCCACCCGCAUCACCUGUGAAGGACCCGAGGGCGCCCCUGUCAUGCCUGAAGACCCCGUGGCUAGAAAGUUGAAAAGGAUGUUCAAGAAAGAUUCGGGGAAGAAGACGGAGAACGCUGACGCACAAGGGGAGCACAAAUCGGAGCAGGACGACCCGUCUAAUCCCAACAACAACAACGGCCACGUGGUCCCGGGUCAGAACCCUGCGGACUCCCAGAACCCCAACGACAGCUCGGCUGAACACGGCGAGCAGGACGCUGACGACGAGGCUGCAGAGGACACUGACGAUACCUGCUCUCUGACGUCAUCGGCCAGCUCCACAGCUUCCUCUCAGAGCGGCGGUCUGGGAGCAAACCGCAAGAAGAGCGUCCCUCUCUCCAUCCGGAACCUGAAGAGGAAGCACAAGAAGAAGAGGACCAAGUUCUCCCGCGAGUUCAAGCCUGGUGACCGGGUUGCAGUGGAAGUUGUAUCAACAAAGACCACGUCUGAUGUGAUGUGGAAGGACGGGCGCUUGGAGAAAGGGAUCAGAUCAAACGAGCUCAUCCCCAUCCAGCACCUCGACAGCCAUGAGUUUUGUCCCGGGGACUUCGUAGUCGACAAAAGACCCCAAGCCCUCCUGGACCCGGGGGUGUACGGUGUGAUCCAGUCCGGUGAUCACAAAGGCAGAACAUGUGUCGUCAAGUGGAUCAAACUCAACUCCAGCAGCGACGACGUGGAGGUUUUUGGUAUGGAGGAGGAUGUCAGCGUGUACGACAUCACAGAUCAUCCAGAUUUCCAUUUCCGCACCACAGACAUCGUCAUCAGAAUAUGGAACUCGGAGAACGGAAACAACGACUGUGAGAAUGAGACGUCAGUGGGCCAGGUGUCCCGGGUGGAUGUGAGCAGCAAGGUGGAGGUGGUGUGGGCGGAUAACUCCAUGACCAUCGUCCUGCCACAGCACCUCUACAACGUGGAGUCUGAGAUCGAGGAGACGGACUACGACUCGGUGGAGGAGACGAGCAGCGUGCUGUCCACUGAGGAGUGGGAGGACGAGAGCGACAGCUGGGAGACGGACAACGGCCUCACCACGGAGGACGACAGCCACAUCCACAACACAGACGCCACCGACACGGUGACCCCCACCCCCACCCCCACCGGCUCCUCAAUGUUCAUCAUCCCCCCUCUAGAGGGAGGCAAAGCUGGGGUCACCAGCCCCUCUAAAGGGGCCACUGGAGAGGAGGGGGAGGCGUCUGUAGCUGCUGCGAGCCCUGCUUCUGCUGGAGGAACCACUCCAGGAGCAGUGAACGGAGCGGAGAAGCCCGGUAAAGAGGGUUCCUCUCGGGGCUUCAGGGAGCUGAAGGAGGCGCUGAAGAUCCUGGAGAGCCUGAAGAACAUGACUGUGGAGCAGCUCUGGACCGGAGGGUCUCCCACCUCCCCGACCUCCGCUGAACCCGCCUCCACCACCAGCGUAGCAAGCUCAGUGACGCCCACCGUACCAGAGAAGCCGACCAAGGAGAAACGUUUCCUGGACGACAUCAAGAAGCUGCAGGAGAACCUGAGGAAGACGCUGGACAACGUCGCCAUCGUGGAGGAGGAGAAGAUGGAGGCUGUGGUGGAGGCAGGGGGCGCAGGAGCAGCGACAGAGGUAGAGCGAGUGGGAGAGGAGAAGCCUCAGCAGGACCCCCAGACCCCGGUGGGAGGAGGGGAGUGGCCCAGCGAAUUUCUCAGUGACACCCCGGUACUGUGCCAGCAGAGCGGAGGGAAGCCCGGCGUCACCUUCACCAGCGCCAGGGGGGAGGUGUUCUCUGUGCUGGAGUGGGCCCCAGACACACAAUCGUUUUAUAAAAUGGAGUUUCAGCCAGCGGAGGCAAAGAAGUUCUUCAGCACAGUGAGGAAGGAAAUGGCUCUGCUCGCAACGUCCCUGCCCGACGGCAUCAUGGUCAAAACAUUUGAAGAUCGCAUGGACCUGUUCUCGGCUCUGAUCAAAGGUCCGACUCGGACGCCCUACGAGGACGGUCUGUUCGUGUUUGACAUCCAGCUGCCCAACAUCUACCCCUCGGUGCCGCCUCUGUUCCGCUACCUGUCGCAGUGCAGCGGCCGCCUCAACCCCAACCUCUACGACAACGGCAAGGUUUGCGUCAGCCUGCUGGGAACCUGGAUCGGAAAGGGCACUGAGAGAUGGACCAGCAAGUCCAGUCUGCUUCAAGUCCUCAUCUCUAUACAAGGCCUUAUCCUGGUCAACGAGCCGUACUAUAACGAGGCGGGCUUCGACAGCGACCGAGGCCUUCAGGAAGGAUACGAGAACAGCCGCUGCUACAACGAGAUGGCCCUGAUCAAGAUGGUGCAGACGAUGACGCAGCUGCUGCAGCACCCGGUGGAGGUCUUCAAGCAGGAGAUCCAGGAGCACUUCGCCUCCAACGGCUGGCGGCUCGUCUACCGGCUGGAGGCGUGGCUGGAGCUGCACGAAGGCGCCGAGCGGGGCCAGGCGGCGCACAUGGCCUCCAGAGCCCACCGACCCUCAUCAGUGGAGCCUCUGGACGAGCAGGGGCCCGUAGCGGUGGCCCACAGCAGCCCCAGUAAGCCUGGGGAGGAGGGGGUCGCAGGAAAAGGGGUGACCAGUAUUAUUGAGGAGGAGCUGGAGGACUCAGGGCUGAGCCCCUCCACCACAGCCGCCUCUCAGCAGGAGCUGAGCCAGAACUCAGACUGCGACAGCCAGCAGGGGGUCUCCUCUGCCGGCGGGGAGACCAAGACGGGCUCGGUGGUCCGCGGCCCGGCGUCAGAGCCCGCCCCGGCCAGCGCAGGAGGGACGGGCUCCGUGGGAAGCCAGCCGGUGGUGCGACCAAAGAAACGAAGAAAGAGCUACAGGAGUUUCCUCCCGGAGGGCGGCGGGUACCCGGACCUCGGCUUCCCGCUCUUCCCGCUCUCUAAGGGCUUUGUGAAGAGCGUGCGGGGGGUGCUGCUGCAGUACCGCGCCGCGCUGGUCGCCGCCGCCGUCCCCCAGCACACUGAGGACAAUGACUCUUCAGAUGAGUGUGAUGGAUAAAGAGCAGCGAGCCUCACCCAGUUGCACAAACCUGUUGGAGCUGCCCGUCACAGGAACCCUCAUCUGGACGCAGGUAAACAACGAGCUUCUACCAGAGGUCAAAGUUUCUCUUUUGGCCUCAGCAGGACUUUAGUGGAGCUGAUUUGGACGCAUAAAGAACUGACUGAGACGGAGAAUCAGUGCCAUGGACUCUCUUCCACCUAGCCUCCAGCAGCAUCCGCCACAUGUGUGGGGGAUUUGUUAACCACUCUCUAUCAGCCUGAAAACUGUUAAGCAGACUUGUUAUCAUUGCUGCAUUUUGGACGAGAUCAAAGAUGGCUGAAAAACUGAAGACCCAGCGCCUCCUGGGGGUCUUUCUGUAGCACUACUGAUGUCCUCUCUGCACCGUCCUGCACUACAACACCCAACGGACAGUCUGGUCUGGGAGAGGAGACGCACUGACCAGGAGGACUCUUUUUAAAUAGAAAUCACUGGUUGUACGCUUUCUGCCAAAUGCUCUCUGUCCAAAAACACACACACACACACACACACACACACACACACACAAUAUUCAAGUAGAGCAUACUGAAUGUCAGUAAAACUGCCAACCACAACAGCUUCACCGCUUCUUCCACUUUAGUGAACUCGCUGGUAUUUUCCUACGCCAAGCACCCGCACUGAACCACGCCGCAAACACCGAGUGACAAAGUUUACACACGGAUCACCUCCGGGGUCAGGCUGUGUGUGUGUGCGUGUGUGUGUGUGUGUGUGUGUGUGUGUAGAGGAGCCAGCCAGGCCCGGGACGACAGUCAGCUCUGCGUGGAGGUGUGUGUGUGCUCGAAGCUUAAAACUGCAUUCAAAAGCUCCUUUCACUUUCCGUAGGAUUUAGCAAAACGUGUUCCCUCACCAAAACGCAACAUGUGCUUUUUGACGCUUUUUAAUUCGUUUUACACACAGACGCUUGAAGUGUUACAGUUUCAGAGCCAAGCUUUACCCACAAUGCUCCACUCUUCUGUGACUGACGUGAACCCACAUCACAUGCAAAUGCCACCAUUUCAAGAUGAAAUGGAAGUCAAACAUACAGGAUCCAUUCCGUUCAUCUCAUUUCAACAUGUUGCCUUACUUGAAUUGUUGUUAAUCAUUUCAGAUCAUUGUACAGAGUCACGCUUUAAACAUUAACACACACACACACACACACACACACACACACACAGGCCGAGACACACUCCAACAACCACUCAGACCCCGCUCCAGUGUUUCUGAUAGUGCAGACUGCGGUCAUAGCUGUAUCCUGAUUGUUCCUCUCCAAAUUGCACGUGCAGAGUUGAAUAACAUCAGAUUACAAACUACAUUAAGUAUGCUGCUGAAGCUUAGAUUAUAUUAUCCUGUUUUGCUUUAUUUAUUUUUUCCCUAUCAUUCCGUGUUCACCCUGGCUUGAGCGUCUUAUCCCAUGAAGGUGAAUGGUGAGAGAAAAUGACACAAAUAACAGCACACAGACGACAUCAUGUAUUUCUCUAUCUGUCAUUUGUUAAUUGGAUAAACUAAAUCAUGGUUUUAUUUACCAAGUUGCAUGAAACUCUUGCUUUGCCACCGAUUGCGCUGAAACUGUGAAAGAAAGUGAAACUCACCUUUGGGUCCAUCCGUGCUUCCUGGGAAUGAUCAGAGCAGUCUUUGUUUACAUUUGUCUUUUUUGAAAUAGCUGCAUCCCACCUCUAACAUAAUGCUCUUUCUUUCUGUCACUAUAUUCUGAUGCUCAUUGAUAUACAUGUGCUAAUACAGCUCAGACUAACCCCUUGUGCUUGCUAGGAUCUGUACACAGGAGAGCGCUGGCUGUGUUUUACUUGAACUUGAAGAGUGUUUCUGAAUGAGAGCACGUUGUGAAGCUCUGAGUGAUGGGAGAGGAUUAAAACCAUGAGCCAAGUGGAAUAAAGGUCAUAUAAAGGUCAUGAAUGAGGGUAGUUUGCUUUGACUUUGUUUUUGUAUACACCCUGACUCUUAAAACUGGCAUUUCUGUAUCUGAUGUGGCGACCAGGCCUCUGACAUUAGUCCUCUUCCUUGGAAUUGAAUAAAUUAUUUUAUUAUUAUUUGUAUUGUGUUGCCUUUAAUGCUACAGGAGGUGUUGCUCCAAGCUGUGGCAUGUAGCCUUGUUUGCUUACUUGCCAUCCUGCCCUCCCCAUUUGCUGCUGUUUGUAAAAUGCCCCCCUUGUGUUUUCAUAAAGAGUUUGGAGCACGGCUGACAUUACUCCUUCAUGUGUCAUAAGUUGCAGAAACAGAAAAUGUGAAGCUAUCUCGCUAGACCUCUAAGCAACACAAAUCUGGCAGGAUAUCAAGCACAUGAUGUACAAUUUUCUGUGUAUGUGUGUAUAUUAUUCAAAUUGAAACCAUUGUUAUUAUUAUUAUUAUUACUGCGAGGAGUUUGUUUUACAGCCAAAGCAUGUAACAUGUUGCUUUAAGCCUUCUGAACGGACUACACAAGACUUGACUGUACGAUGUCUACAUUUCCACAGUGGCCUGUUAUUGAAAUAUUAAAAAAAGAACUAAUAAAGUUAUGAUUUGUAGCCUGAUUCCCUCUGUACAGAUGUCAUGACUAUAUUAAAAUAUAUAUAAAUACAUACAGUGUAUAUAUAUUUAACACAAACCUGAGUUCUAACAAGUCACGUGGAUGCUUGGGGCAUACCUGUACAAAAUGCUGAGCGUGUAUUGUACUUAUGAUUUCAUUUUUUAAUGGUUUACUUUUGUUGCGUUAAGACAACUGUAUAGUGAUGUAUUAAACUUUGCAAGCAGAACCGUA